UUCAGGUCUCUUGUAGUUACUGAGUAUGAGAGGACUCCGAGAGACUUUAAAUCUAGAAUCCAAAUUUCGAAAAAUUGGUCAUUAGUUACAUUUAUAUACUCCUUUGCCUCUCCCUGCACCCACAGUGUUGUUCAAAAAAACGUACUUUUAGUUCUUGUAGACACACUUGAUGCUUACCCUCCCCGCGAACUUUUUUUGUAUGCAGCUAAACUCGAAGCGAACAAGAUGCAAAGUUUGAUUUUUUGUGGGUGAGUCACUCACGCCAAACUUCUCGUUCGCUUUAAUACUACUACAACUAUUACACAUACUUACACUCUUAAUUUAGAGGACUUUUUCAUCAUUCGCCUUGCUUUCGUUUUGAUCGUACUCGUACUUCUGGUGAGUAUCACCAUUAAUCUCGUGCUUGUUCCUGCUCGUCGUGUCUAGCAUAUCCAGAAUUUGGCAUGUGAAUCACUGCUGAAAUAAUCUUCUAGAAGAUGGAAUAAUAAAGUAGAAAAUGUCUUUACCAUCCUGUUGAAAACUCCACAGGAGGAGACACGAUCUUCAAGUCUCGCUCCGAGUAAUUCCUCGAACACACUUCGUGUCGUUUAUUUCUCUACUAUCUCGUCCUUUCGAGUAGAGAACAACGGCAUCAAGAAAUGAUAAACAUCAUAAGAAGAACGGGAAUUUUUUCUUCACGAGGUAUAGAGGGAAGUUUGUUCUCGUUCUGAAGUAGAGGUAUAGGAAGAUGAAAAGAUGGCAGGUCGUAUCUUGGUCCAAGAGCUUUGUGGUCGCGAUUGGCUAGGUGCUUUGGCCAAAUCACGCGUUGUGCGAGCAUUUGCUGAGGAUGAUGGAUCUGGAGGUGCUCAUGGGGAUUCUUCAUCGGGAGGGAAGCUCAUCUGGUCAUCGUCAUCGUCUAGUAUUAAGGCUCCACCUAUUUCAUUUCCACAAGAGGUUCCUUUUCUUAGUUACCUUUUCCGAGAAAAUGAACCUCCCAAGAAAUGAAAUAUUUUGCGCUCUAACUAUAUUGAGAAAAUAAACAACAACAGGGAUUCAACAUCUUCUGCAUCUUCUGGCACAACAACAAGGACAACUAGUGGAGGAACGUCUACGUCAGAUCCAAGAACAAGAAGGACGUCCAUAAUUGGAGGAGGUCUAGGCUUGUUCAAAAGUGGACCACGAGGUAAUAACGGAAAUGAUGAACACCAAGAGCAGCUACGGGGUUUUCAUGGAGGAACUAAAAUGUCUGCAAAAAGCUCGCCAGGAGGUGAUGGGAGAACUAACAUGUGUGUUCUCCUCCAGGAUGAUCCCGAUCCACGAAUGUCUGUACUCCACGAAGCCCAAGCAGUAACAAGGGAGUCUUGGACUACGUCACUGUUGUUUCCAUUUAGAAGAAGACGGACAGAAGUGACUAGCAGGAAGGAAGAAGACGACAAAAGUGGACUAGCAAAAAGUGGACUUGUUGCCAAAGACUCAGGGUCAAAUGGUAAUCCCCAAGAAGGUUUCUUGGAUGAAGCACGGAUAGAAGACGACGAGGAGUCCCUACCACCAGCAGUUGCAAUAGGUGGAAACAUUAAUAUGGCAUUGGGUUUUGAUAUUGAAAAAGUUAGAGUUUUAGAAGCACAAGCACUGUCUUUUGCAUCUUCUGACGCAGAAGACGCGCGAGAAUUUUAGAAGCACAAGCACUGUUGCAUCUUCUGAUGCAGAAGACGCACGAGAAUUUUAGAAGCACAAGCACUGUUGCAUCUUCUGAUGCAGAAGACGCACGAGAAUUUUAGAAGCACAAGCACUGUUGCAUCUUCUGAUGCAGAAGACGCACGAGAAUUUUAGAAGCACAAGCACUGUUGCAUCUUCUGAUGCAGAAGACGCACGAGAAUUUUAGAAGCACAAGCACUGUUGCAUCUUCUGAUGCAGAAGACGCACGAGAAUUUUAGAAGCACAAGCACUGUUGCAUCUUCUGAUGCAGAAGACGCACGAGAAUUUUAGAAGCACAAGCACUGUUGCAUCUUCUGAUGCAGAAGACGCACGAGAAUUUUAGAAGCACAAGCACUGUUGCAUCUUCUGAUGCAGAAGACGCACGAGAAUUUUAGAAGCACAAGCACUGUUGCAUCUUCUGAUGCAGAAGACGCACGAGAAUUUUAGAAGCACAAGCACUGUUGCAUCUUCUGAUGCAGAAGACGCACGAGAAUUUUAGAAGCACAAGCACUGUUGCAUCUUCUGAUGCAGAAGACGCACGAGAAUUUUAGAAGCACAAGCACUGUUGCAUCUUCUGAUGCAGAAGACGCACGAGAAUUUUAGAAGCACAAGCACUGUUGCAUCUUCUGAUGCAGAAGACGCACGAGAAUUUUAGAAGCACAAGCACUGUUGCAUCUUCUGAUGCAGAAGACGCACGAGAAUUUUAGAAGCACAAGCACUGUUGCAUCUUCUGAUGCAGAAGACGCACGAGAAUUUUAGAAGCACAAGCACUGUUGCAUCUUCUGAUGCAGAAGACGCACGAGAAUUUUAGAAGCACAAGCACUGUUGCAUCUUCUGAUGCAGAAGACGCACGAGAAUUUUAGAAGCACAAGCACUGUUGCAUCUUCUGAUGCAGAAGACGCACGAGAAUUUUAGAAGCACAAGCACUGUUGCAUCUUCUGAUGCAGAAGACGCACGAGAAUUUUAGAAGCACAAGCACUGUUGCAUCUUCUGAUGCAGAAGACGCACGAGAAUUUUAGAAGCACAAGCACUGUUGCAUCUUCUGAUGCAGAAGACGCGCGAGAAUUUUAGAAGCACAAGCACUGUUGCAUCUUCUGAUGCAGAAGACGCGCGAGAAUUUUAGAAGCACAAGCACUGUUGCAUCUUCUGAUGCAGAAGACGCACGAGAAUUUUAGAAGCACUCUCUUUUGCAUCUUCUGAUGCAGAAGACGCACGAUUUUCAACUUCAACGGCUUUCUACUUGUAGUUACUACUUGUAGAAGAUAUUUUUUUUUAAAACUUGCUGGAGAAGGACGUUAUCAGUUUAUCAUUCUACAUCUGGGUUACAACUUCAUACUUUAUAUUUAAACACCAUCUUCAAGGUGUCUUUUUUAUCCCUCUUCUAAUCCUCACCUCGCAUUCACCCUCGCUCGACUGGUUCGCAUUGUUGCUACCGUGGUCCGAGCAUUGGUUGAGGAAUUUGUGAAAUUAGUCUCUUUUCUCUACCGGUUCGCCAAGAAUGUUAAGGCUUGCCCUCGUCAUGGUCCAUCUUCAGAGAAGUCAUCAUAGGAGAAAGACUUUUCAAGGGGAAAAGGUAUACUUACAGGAUGCUUCCGAGGAUGGAUCAACAUUACUAGGGUGAACGCUAAGACUGCGAGCUUCGAAACCAUGCAAUUUUGCAAGCGGUUCGACACCUACUACAGCAACGUCUAUCUGCAACACCGAAAGAGAACACAGACGAAAAUGUGCCACUUCGUCGCAGUGUCUGUGGCAGCAUGGAUACUAGUGUGGGCAAUUCUGGGUGGGAAUAUUUCUCCGUGGUACAAAGCGAUUUUGUACGCGGGAGGGAUCAGGUAGGCCUGUGAUUUUCUAUCUUCUUGAUUACGCUACAGAAGCUUAAUGGGAGGGAUCAGGUUGUUCCUUACGAACGCUGUACGAACGUGGUCGGCGUAUUUUUUAGAGAAUUCCAACAUCUCUCACUUCUCCCACAGCAAAUAAUUCCUUCUAACAGGUGGCUGCUAACAUGGACUUCAAUCCUCUUGUGGGAAGUAAAACCGUAUCUGCGAGACCAGAUUCAAAGUGCAAACUUAGUUUUCUUGGCGGACAUCCGUCUCUUCGCGGAGAUCUGUCUGUCGUAUCACGACGUAUGGCCUCACUUUGGAGACAUAGAGGAACAAAGAGAUGACUAGGUGCUUCCCUCAGGAGGUGGACAAAAGGUAACGAUUCCACAAGAACAGCUGUCAGAACCUUCCUCAACAGACAGAUGUAACUAGUGUUUAGACGACAGAUCCAAGAAUGGCGACAGAUGAAUCAGAACAGGGGGCAAAAGAGCUGUAACUAAACCAGAACAUAGAAACUCUUGUUUUAUAGUCACUACAAAUACGGAAGUACUAGAAACACUACAAGCUACUUACAUGUCAGCAUAUUAGGUUUAGGAGGCGGUGGAGAUCGUGAUAUGCUUAAUACUGAAGAUGCACAAGAAGGUGAAGGCGCGUCGAGAAUAACAAAAAGACACGAAUAGAUGUAACAGAGAACAACAUAGAGAUUUGAAGCUAUGAUCUAAUCCUAGUUUGGUGUUGAACAAUUACGAGGCGAAAUAAAUGAAAUAGAUAAACAAGGAGCGUAUCCUUUUGUCCUAUGUGUUUGACAAAAAAAAUGUAUAUUGAUUUAUUGUGAUGUUGCUGAUAUAUUCUCGUCUACAUCGAAGUACUAGUAAUUUUUGCAUAGAGUAAAGACUAAGGAAUUUACCUUCAACGCGAAGAGACACAAAUUAUGUACAACCAUGCAGUCAGGUUAAUAGAGUAAUCAUGUUGAUAAGGAGAAGAGUCUGACUGUGAGCAUGGAUCAAGGAGGUAAAGAAAAUAGUUGACUGUUGCUGAGGACUAAAUUUUUGACCGUGAUGAAUAUCUGGUGCUAGCGUGGGUGGAUAUAUUUUCUUGAUAGGUUCUGCUGCGAGGGUCCCUGAAGAACGAAUUAUCAAAUAUGCAUCGUGAUAUUAUAGAAGUAGUUCCGAAAUCUGAAAUCUGAGUUCUUAGGAUAGAACUUUCCUGAAAAAUGAUGUUCAUGUAAGUAGUUGUUGAAAAACAGUUUUGAAGUUUUGGAUUUGAUCGAAGCGAAGUAUCUACUAUGAUAAAUCGAUGGUUUUGGAUUUGAUCGACUUGAACUGCUCUAGUAUCUAUGAUAAGCGACCUUGUGCCAGCAUUAGUCCAUUACUACACGUACACAUGAUGAUGAAGAAAUGAAAUUUGAAUCUCGAGAAAGUCUACAAGAUGAACAAGACGUCGCUAUAUCGAAAGCAAAGCCAAGGUGUUUCCACCAACAGAAAAACGUGUCCAACCCGUCUUGA